AUGGGAGGUACUGGCCAUUCAUCCCCUGCUGUCGGUUCCGAUGGCUUGGGUCACGUUAAGAAGCGCAAUGUCGCCAUGGCGGGGUUGGACAGCUCCCCUGGCAGUGUUGACGAGGCCGAGGAUCUCGAUCAGCGGGAGGAGAAGAAGAGACAGCCAGUGAAGCGAGCCUGCAAUGAAUGUCGACAACAAAAGCUUCGAUGCGAUGUGGUUCAGGACCCUUGGACGGACUGCUCACGGUGCCGCCGUUUGAGACUUGGGUGCAAGAUUGAGUCCAACUUCAAGCGAGUCGGGAAGCGGAGUCGCAACGCCGAGAUGGAGCGGGAGAUCAUUGAGUUGAGGAAGCAGAUAGCCAGCGUGCAAGCCAGCCCUGUCGCGAGCAUCUCGCAGCAGCAGCAACAGCCUCCCUCACUGCGGUCGGCACACGUCACGCCCAAACAGGAAUCGACUCAUGUCAGCCCGGCAGGAGUUUAUCAAACGCCCUCCGCGAUAUCGUCUGAUCAAUACAUGGGAUCCCACGAGGCUGUUGCAUCGCUUCUGGAUCUCCGCUCGGGCUAUGAUGGCUCGAACUUUAUGAGGAACGGAAACCAGUUCAAGCGAAUUGAGGACGUCGUCGUGGUGCCGGAGAGGGUAACGGAGCUUUUUGAUCUGUUUUUCAUGUUCUAUCAUCCUUUCCUUCCGUUCCUUGACCGACAACGGUCACCAGACGAUCACUACACGGCGUCCCCACUGCUGUUUUGGACUAUCAUCAGCGUAGGCGCGCGGCGAUAUCAAACGGAUACCCACCUUCUCAACUCGCUGGCUGGUCCAGUCACACGAUUAGUGUGGAGCACGUUGGCAGACAUUCCGCAGAGCUACCACGUCGUAAAGGCGCUAUGCUUGCUCUGUUCAUGGCCCUUCCCUACGAGCAGCACUUCGACGGACCCUACGUUUAUGCUGUGUGGUAUGAUGAUGCAGGUUGCUAUGCAGCUUGGUUUACACCGACCCUCGCAUACUCAGGACUUUAGUAAGUUCCGAGUGGAGCUCAUCGAAGAGGAACUCAGGGAUAAGGUUCGAACAUGGGCCAUCUGCAAUGUCGUCGCACAACGCGUCGCCACGGGCUAUGGUCAACCACCAUCGACUCUUUAUGACUGGACGCUAUUAUCGAGCGGGCCAAUGGAUCCCAACUUCAAGUUGCCCGAAGAUAUCAAACGUCGGCUGGACAUCGAAAUGUUCUGCGACAAGGUCACGAGAGCGCUCUACACCAACCGGCGGGAUCCUGUUGGGCUAUGUAGUGAUCAAGAGAGAUUGUCGUUGAUCUCUUUUCUCUCCCGUGAUUUUGAUGAACUUGAGGAACAACUCAAGUCGAAGACUGAUGCUAUCACCGAUCUAUAUCUACGGGCUGCCAAUCUUCAUCUGCACCUGUCGGCGUUCUUCGACGACACGACCGGCAGGGACUAUCGAGAACGUCUCCUCUCACUUUACGUCGCAACAACAUCGUUCCUUGAGUCUACAAUGUCUCUCGAGACCGACGUCGGCCCGGUCCUUUCCUACACACCCUACUAUGUGUAUCAGAUGAUGGUCGCGGCAGCAUGCACACUUCUCAAGUUGUGCAAGAGCUUUUUCGCAUCGCACAUAGACAUGGAGUAUACCAAGAGUCUUUUCAACCGGACCAUCUGGGCCAUUCGGGGCGUGUCAGUGUCCAGCAACGAUCUCCCCGAGCGGUUGGCGGAAGUUCUCGCCCAGAUGUGGAGGAUGGGCAGUACCCAGCAUCAGAAAGCGACAGCUAACAGCGCCGAAGUGGAUGAUUCUCUGAUGCUGAAGGUACGGUGCCGCAUGAGCAUGUCUCUCCUUUUCGACUCGGUCUGGCGAUGGCGAGAGGAUGCUCAGACGAAAGGGCGCAAUAUUGAAGCUUACCUGAAGAAUCCGACCAACCCCGAUUCGAAUGCCGAAUCAUCCGCAUCGUCUAGCGCAGGGGUGGCAGGACGCACUUCGUCCACGCCGGGUAUCCCUGGCGAUCCCAGUCUCGCGCCAGCUCCCAUGCUCGCACAGGGCAGUCUGGGAGUUUCCGCAGCGAGCGGAGUUGCGAAUCUGCCCAGCGGCUUCCUCGAGCCCAACUACGAGGUCUUCGAUCCGUUGAACUGGCUCCUGGACGGUCUGGUUGAUCUUCCGUACUCCUAUUCUGCCAUGUCCGGUAUCGAGUCGCAGGGUAUUGCCUAG